AUGGAAUUUGCAAAUACCCUGAAAUCCAAUUCAAAUAUGUCAGAUACUGUUUGCAAGUUCUGUGCUUUGAAAUCCAUUGGGGUGUUACCCUCUCAAGUUCCCAAUCUCCGUCACUUUCACAAGUCAAUUUGCGUUGGUGCUUCUCCGAGUGAAGACAGAAAUGUUGCAAAUAAGGUCAUUGAAAUGGCUACAGGAGAGGGUUCUUGUUCUGGGGAGGAGAUCAUGAAGAUAUUUGACACUGUUUCAGCUCUGAAAUCUGCAUAUCUUCAGCUUCAGCAAGCUCAUAUCCCUUAUGAUCCACAAAAGAUUAUUACCUCUUACCAAGGAGUAGAUGCAGAACUUGAGAAGCUUUGCAAGUUCAAGCAUGCAUACAAGGAGAAGCGAUAUAGAAAAACCAAGUCUUAUUCCAAGGCUUCGUGUUUUGACCUCUUGCAAUCUGAAAUUGGUCGCAAAGAAGCAUUUUUCAGGAAGUUAAACUCUCUAAACAGUGUUAAAGACUCUCAGAUUCUAAGGCUGCAGCAAGAACUCCAGGAUUUGGAAAUGGGGAAUAAAAAUCUGCGUAAGAUGAUCAAGAGGAUAAGUCAGAAGAGAGAAGCAAGUGUUUUGAGUGCUGCUAAGUUCGAGGAUUUCUUCAAGGCUGCUGCAAAGUCCAUUCAUGAUUUUUCCAAACCAUUAAUUAGCUUGAUUAAAGCUUCAGGAUGGGACUUAGAUAUGGCAGCAAAAUGCAUUGAGAAUGCAGCUGUAUAUUCCAAAGGGUGUGACAAGAAAUAUGCUUUUGAGGCCUAUAUUGCACGGAGAAUGUUUCAUGGGGUUUCGUUAACAUCUUAUGAUGUGAGCGAUAUUGUGAAGUUUGAUGAUCCAAUUGAUGCACUGAUGGAGAAUCCAAACUCAGAUUUUUCAAAAUUUUGUGGAACAAAGUACCUUCUAGUUGUUCAUCCCACAAUGGAAGAGUCAUUCUUUGGAAAUUUAGAUCACCGAACCUUGAUAUUGGGUGGCAAGCACCCUAGAACUGAGUUCUAUCAGUUAUUCGCAAAAGUGGCAAAAUGGGUUUGGGUUUUACUAGGUUCUGCAGUGUCAAUAGAUGCCAAUGCAACCAUGUUUUCUGUCAACAGAGAAAGCAUGUUCUCUGGUUUAUAUAUGGAAUCUGUUGAGGAGGAAGGAAAGAAUGCUGUUUUGUCAGACUUAGAGAGAGCCUCCUACAAAGUUCAGUUCAUGGUUAUGCCUGGCUUUAAAGUUGCAGAAGCAUUGGUGAAAUCAAGAGUUUAUAUCUCAAAAACAUGCUUAAAGCUAAAUGGUGGUUCUUUUAACUGGUGAUACUGUUUAUGGACUAAAAUUUUUGUACACGAGCUUUU